UCAGUCGGAAUGCGGUAGGCGGGGCUGCUAGGCUAGUGUCAAACUUUGGGAAUGACAGGAGUGCUGCAGGAUUCUCAAAGAAGGGGAAGUGUCGCCCUUGUUGGUCCUGUUUGGAUUACUUUGACUUCUUUUUACGGACAGUCUUUGGAUUCGCCAUCGUUUCACGUAUUGCACGGCCCCAGCAGACUCCUCAGCCAUGUCGGAGGACCUGAGCUCUCAACCCUGGUCCAUCAACAAAGAUGAUUAUGAGCUACACGAGGUGAUUGGGAGCGGGGCCACGGCGGUGGUUCAAGCAGCCUACUGUUUACCACGCAAGGAGAAGGUGGCUAUCAAGCGUAUCAACCUAGAGAAGUGCCAGACCAGCAUGGACGAACUCUUGAAAGAGAUUCAAGCCAUGAGCCAGUGCCACCAUCCCAACAUCGUGUCUUACUACACCUCCUUCGUGGUUAAAGAUGAGCUUUGGUUGGUUAUGAAGCUGCUCAGUGGCGGCUCCGUGCUGGACGUGAUCAAGCACACCAUCUCACGAGGCGAACACAAGACGGGCGUCCUGGACGAGGCCAGUAUAGCCACGGUGUUGAAAGACGUGCUCGAUGGCCUGGAGUACCUACACAAGAACGGACAGAUCCACAGGGAUCUUAAGGCUGGAAACAUUCUCCUCGGGGAUGACGGCUCAGUGCAAAUUGCAGACUUCGGCGUCAGUGCCUUUCUAUCCACAGGUGGUGACAUCACAAGAAACAAAGUGCGCAAGACGUUUGUGGGAACGCCAUGCUGGAUGGCCCCGGAGGUUAUGGAGCAGGUCAGGGGUUAUGACUUCAAAGCAGAUAUUUGGAGCUUUGGGAUCACGGCAAUUGAGCUUGCAACAGGAGCCGCACCUUACCACAAAUACCCACCAAUGAAGGUCUUGAUGCUGACGCUGCAGAAUGACCCUCCAGCCCUGGAGACCGGCAUCACGGACAAGGAGACGGUAAAGAAAUACGGCAAAUCCUUCAGGAAGUUGAUCUCCAUGUGUCUUCAGAAGGACCCAGAGAAAAGGCCAACAUCCUCAGAGCUGUUGAAGCAUAAAUUCUUUCAGAAAGCAAAGACACACGAGUAUUUACAUGAGAAGUUACUCCAGAGGGCGCCGACAAUAACAGAGAGGUCGAAAAGGGUACGUCGAGUGCCCGGCUCCAGCGGUCGCCUGCAUAAAACGGAGGACGGUGAAUGGGAGUGGAGUGACGACGAGCUAGAUGAAGAAAGUGAGGAAGGCAAAUUAGCUGUUGCUGCCUUAAGGGAGCAGCAGGUGAAGCCUGUUAGCGCCACCAGGCGACAAGUGCGCUUCUCCCUCCCGCUCGAGUUGCCUGCAGCCAGGUCUCCCAGAGUGAAGGAGGGAUCCCAGAACUCAGAGGUUUUCCAGACUCCUGAGCCUUUAAGUAGUCAACCCCAGCCGGCCGCCGCAGGUCAGGCAGAACUACCUCAGGCUGUAGGCCAGGUUCCACUGCAGCCCACACCAGUCAACACUCAAUCCACUGCCCAGGCUGCAUCUCCCACACCAGGCAUUCCCACUGCUGCUGCUCUCACACAGGUUCCAGCCGGCAUGGGAGAUUCAAAGGCUCCCAUUAGUUUGGUAUUAAGGUUAAGGAAUUCAAAGAAGGAGCUAAACGAUAUCCGCUUUGAAUUCAUGCCAGGGAGAGACACAGCAGAUGGCGUGUCACAGGAGCUGGUGUCAGCAGGCCUGGUGGAUGGGAGAGACUUAGUAAUAGUUGCUGCAAAUUUGCAGAAAAUAGUUGAUGAACCUCAAGCCAAUAAAAAUGUCACUUUCAAACUGGCUUCUGGAACAGAGGGAUCUGAAAUUCCAGACGACGUUAAACUGAUGGGCUUUGCUCAGCUCAGCAUUAGUUAAACCCUCGUUCUACCUGGGACCGUGACUUGCCUAAAAAAUGUGAAAAUUAAAAAAAAAAAAAAAAAAAACACAAAAAAAAAAGAUAGUUUAUUGCAUAUUUUCUUUCUAUGGCUGUAAAGAAACCACUACUGCCAAAGAAAAGCGUACCGUUGUGUCACCCAUAGGAUCCUUCAACACGGCCUCUUUGGUUGGCUGGCUGACGUACCAGAGCGACCAGUAUCAGAAUCCAAUAAAAGAAGUUUACAGCCUAUAUGUAGAAGGAUGCAAGUAUGUUCAACAGACAGUUUUCAUUUAGCAUUCUGGUCUUCCUCAUUCUGUUGUCGUUCCUCUCUAAUAUGUGAUGCAUUUGCACAAUCUGAAACUAAUGCCCUUGAAUCCUAAUAAAUGUAACAAUGCCUUAUAUUCAUCAGAACUACUGAAUGCACGUUUUGGGGGACAGUCCCCACUUUACCAUAUGGAGCAUUAUGUUAUCUGAAAAACAUACUAUGAGGUUUCAGUUGCUCAUGUCAAACUUUGUACUUAUUGUGAGAGCAGAGAGAAUGAGGCUUAUGAAGUCGAGUAGAAUUCAAAUGAUUGGAACUCGUCCCCCAUUUCUUGCCCUCAAACCAGUGUCAUGUAGAGACAGAAGAACCUCAUGUUUGUGUACACGUCUCUUUUCUUUCUCAUUCACCUGAACGCAGCAUCAGGCCUAUUCUUGACUUUUUUUGGAGGAGUCACAAACAUAUACUUUUAAUAAAUACAUUACGAUGAAUCUCAACUAUAUGAUUUCAUAAUGAACAUGCAUUCAAUGAAGCAUGUACUGGUAAUCUAUGUUAAUGCACUUAAUGAAUGUCUGACGCUACUCGAACACAACUGAAGUCAUUUUACGCGUUCUGUCCUCUGGUGAGUGUUAUCAGAAACAUGGCGGUUUGUUUUGGAUUGGCUCAAAUUAAACUACACUUCCCAUGUUCCACUUUAUCGAAGUCGGGGUCAUCCAGUGCCUUUAAGGCAAUGGAUGCUCAUAACACUGAAUAGAAAACUACUCUUUCAGACUGUCCAUACACAACCAUGGAUUGUUUCAUCUUUGUAUGGUGAGACAAUAUUCAACCUUUAAAUAGUUAAAAUAGUGACCCAGUUAUACAACUAAAACGAUUUUCAAAAAAAGGAAAGAAAGGUGUUUUAACACUUGUCCUAAUUGACCGUGAGGUCACGCUCGUUUGUGUUUAAGUAAUUAUGAUAACGGUCAUUCAGACAUAAUGUAGCAAAAAAAUCCAGAAAGACAAAAACAACCUGCUCCUUUCAAAGUGAGUCAAAGAUGAAAGAGCAGCUGACACCUCGUAUGAGCAGACGUGUCUGUUGCUAUCAGUUCAUGUCUUGUUUAGAGUCUCUCCUCCUUAAGAAAAAAAAAAACUGAAGUGCAUUUUUGUUCAUGUGGAUGAAACAUAAGUACUUGAUUUAACUUCUAAUGUGUACAUAACAUUUGGCUUUGAUUUGUUUUUAUACUUGGUGUUUCACUCUUGGCCUUUUUUCUGUCCUACGAUGACACGAUGGUGGGUUGUAGCGCUGUGUGAAGGAAAAUGACGACGCUGCAAAUUUGGCUUUGACUUCUCUUCUGUCCGUUACAUACAGUCACUCAGCUCUGUGUCAUUUAUGACGCUCAUUUACCUAUACUUGUAAAGCUUCUCACUUUUUGCCUUUGAGAGUUGAUCUUAUUCGACUUUGAAGCAACCGUACCGACACAUUGCUCUACUGCUGUCCAACUUAAAAUAUCACCCAAUUCUGAGCCAAGUUACCGGG